AUUUUUCAAAGCUUUACCUAAAAUUUAGAGGUCACGCAGCUUACAGAACCGUUCAUGUACCAAACGGCAGAAGUGGACGGAGUAUUUUGCGGAGGAAGAGGCGUCUCUUCGUCUACCUUGACUCCAAUCUUCUGAAGGAAAAAGCGGAAGAUAGCCUUCUUUCUCCUUUUGUGUCCGUUUAAGACCUCGGGGUCAAGGCAUCGGGGAAUAAACCAGCAAGACUGGUCCGUGCAAAAUUGUUCGCUGCCCGACGGCAUUAUACACCGUGAAAUUAUAUCUCUCGGAGAGGCGGAAGCAUAAUCCUGGACGAUCCAUGAUUGCCGAUCCGCGCGACGAUGCACCUUCGAUAUCGAUCUCGUUUGCAAGUUAUCGGCAUUGAAAUAGACUUGAUGUAUUCGACCAGUGGGUCGACACUCGACUCGAACGAAGAGUAGCAACGUACAAUCGAAAAAUAAAAAAAACGAAUAAGAUGAACUCCUGCUUUCCACAUUUGGCGAUAUUGAAUCCGCGGAAUGCGAACAAAUCGAGGGAUCGACUCAACGACGAGUGCAAUGUCGUAAACGCCGAGGACAUCCGGAUGCGAUCGAGGACUCCGACGUUAUCGGGAAAGAAUGACAUUUUCCAAGACUUGGAUUUGUAUUACGUUCGACAGAUCGCACGAAACUCGAAGGAGCAUGACCUGGAGCAGAAGAUCGAGGUGGAAAUCAAGAUGAGAGAAGGCUCGGCGAGACUUUUGGCGGCCGCGAAGCAUCGUGCCCAGAGCUUGGAGGCCGCCAAAGCGCUGCUUACCUCCAACGAGAGGAUGUCGGUUUACAUGGCGGAAUUGCAAAGUCGCCGCCGCGAAUCUUCUAAACAAUCCUGUAUUUCUAGAAGUACGGGUAAGUUGUCAAUUUCGGAUCUUAGGAUACCGUUAAUGUGGAGAGACUCCGAUCACUUUAAGAAUCGCGGUGAUCAUCGUCGAUUCGCCGUAUUUUGCUUAGCACGAUUGGGCACAGAAAUUCAUGACACCUCUUUGUUAUGCCCCAUUGAUAGAGCUCAUACGGAUCUCAGCUUUCCCGAUGUCUUGUUAUUUAAUAAUGUGCCACCCGAGUUUGAAUUAAUCUUGGAAGUCUAUAGCCACGUUUUACAAGAGGAUUUAAGUAUCGCCAGCACACCAAGAAGAAUCAAAAAGACUAUUCACUCGUCGAUUUCGAAAACCGUCGGUAAGAAGCUCGCUGCUUCGCUUCGUGACGAAUUCGGUUCCGCCAAAUCUGGACCACACUUUGAUUUAGUAGCUCGUGCUAAACUGACCUUAGACGACACGGAUGAUAAUACUCACACGCAUGACCUUGUUAUUAAUAGCAUCGAGAACAAGUAUCACUCCCUACCGCUUUUCGGUCACUUUUGCUGUCGAUUGGCGGUACAGCCAGAAUCUAUUAAUAAGGAAAUGUGCAUUGGCAACGUAAAAAUCAAUAGUCAAGAUUAUUGGGCACGUCUGCAAGGAUUUUAUAUAAAAAUAUGGGAAUCAAAGAAGCAUGCGGAAGAAGGUCAAAAUCCGGAACAUAUAAUACCUAUUAAUAAAAGAACAAUCAUUCAACCGUCCAAAACUUCCAGCAAAGAAUUUCUAAUAAAUAAUUCUGGCAACAGUAUGGAAAAACCGUUGCCAAUUAAAUUCGAAUCAAAGGAGGAAGCUCAAAAAUGGUCAAAGCUCUUAUUGGUACACAUCAACGAUCAUUCAAGGUGGAAACACGCCGCGGAAGUUAUUCAAAGGGUGUCUAGCAUUGAAAGCACGAGAAAUUCCUUUAUCAGUAAUAAAAGACAAGGUUCCUUAUAUGACGAGACACCUUUAAUAGAAUCGAUCCCGGAUUAUUCAUCCACAAGACCUACUGUACAAACGAUCUUUGAUCUCACACCUAGUACUAGUCUAAGCAGUUGUAGUUCCACAAAUAGCCUAACAAGUCUACGUUCACGUUCACUGAGUAUCAGUGGUGUAUUUAAACAAGGUGCCAUCUCUUUAAAGCCACACCUAGCUAUUAAAAAGGCGUAACGAUUUUAUAAUUUUUUUCAAGAAGAGUCAUAAAGUGCCGUAUAAUUAUUACGCGAAGAUAAGAUAGAAUUUUUCAAUUUUGACCAGAGAUGUAUACAUUAAAAUACUUUAAUCGAUAACUGAGGUGGAGGAAAAUUCAAUUAAAUAUAAUCUCUCGGUUUCAGAGUACAUUGUCAGUACUGAAAAUCACGUUACGUAUAGUAUAAAUUUUCAAUGCUAACAGUGUAUUUUUUACAAUCCGAACACGGCUUUAAUACAUUUUCUGUAUUAACCACAGACUUUUUUUGUAGGAAAGAUUUUAAUUCGGCUG